UGACGGCGGCGAGAUGGAGGAGGGGGUGGAGGGGAGCGGCGGCGGCGGGCUGGGGCGGAAGAUCCCGGCGGGGGAGGUGGAGCUCAAGGAGAAGUCCGGGACGGCGUGGAGCCACUCGUUCCUGAACCAGAAGCCAUGGCACCCGCUCUCCUACCCCAACCAGCGCCGCAAGUGGAUCGCCGAGCAGAUCCACACUAACCGCGCGCGACGGGACGAGGAGGUGCAGCGCGAGUUCGCGCAGGAGCAGGAGUUCUUCCGCCAGACCGCGCUAUUCUCAAAGAAGGACAAGGAGAAGAUGGAGGUAAUGAAAGCUGUGAGUUUCAUGUACGUCCGCCCACCUGGAUACAAUCCAGAGAGUGCAAAAGCUGCUGAAAUUGAAGAUGAGAAGAGGAAGAUGGAUCAAGGUGAUGCAGGUGAAGGCGCUGUAGCUGCAAGUACCUCUUCAAUACCUGACAAUGAACUCGACAAGACCCAGUCAGGCCCAGAUAAGAAAAGGAGUAGGCCGAAAGAUGUCUUUGGCCGUUCAUUGCCUACCGAGCAAGAAUUUGAAGUUCUGAAAAAUGCUCCGAGGUUGGACACAGGUGCCCCUGCUAGACCUAAACCAUUUGGAGUUGAAGUUCGUAACGUUAGAUGUUUAAGAUGUGGAAACUAUGGCCAUCAGAGUGGUGACCGGGAAUGUCCCAUGAAGGAUAUUAUAAUGCCUAAUGAGGAGAGUCGAUUGAAAAGGGAUGAUCCACUUACAGCGAUAAAGGCGCAAACUGAUUCAAGUGAGCCUUUGAAGUGGGAGCUUAAGCAAAAGCCAGGCAUGAGCCCUCCUCGAGGUGGAUACAACCCAGAUGAUCCUAAUCAGCAGAUUGUAGGAGAAGAUAUAUUUGAUGAAUAUGGAGGAUUUCUUGGUGAUAUUGACAUUCCGGCUCUCCUUACCAACUUUUCCACAAGUAAAUCGAAGAAGAGUUCCAAGCGAAAAAGCAAGCACAAGGACUCUGAGCUUGGUGCUUAUGCAGAAUUUGGAAGACACCAUAGUAGUUAUCAUUCACCAACAGAUUCGGAACCUCAAAAGAGCAUUAGGACAUCAGCAAGCCAGAGAAAGAAAAAAUAUUGUUCUGAAUCAUCAUAUUCUGAUGCGGAGGUGGAAGAUGGAAAGCGAAGAGCUAAGCAGAAGUCAAGGCACAGGCACAAGAAGAAACAUGUGUCUGAAUCCUCUUCCGAUUCGGAAGUCGAUGCCUCAGAUUUGGAGCCUGAGAAGAGCAAUAGGACAUCAGCAAGCAAGAGAAAGAAAAAAUAUUGUUCCGAAUCAUCAUAUUCUGAUGCAGAGGUGGAAGAUAGAAAACGAAGAGCCAAGCAGAACUCAAGGCACAGGCACAAGAAGAAACACAUGUCAGAAUCCUCCUCCGAUUCAGAAGUCGAUGCCUCAGAUUUGGAGCCCGAGAAGAGCAAUAGGGCAUCAGCAAGCAAGAGAAAGAAAAAAUAUUGUUCUGAAUCGUCAUAUUCUGAUGCAGAGGUGGGAGAUAGAAAACGAAGAGCCAAGCAAAAGUCAACGCACAGGCACAAGAAGAAACACGUGUCAGAAUCCUCUUCUGAUUCAGAAGUUGAAGUUGACACAAGAAGGCAUCCUAAGAGAGAGCAUAUGAAGAAGAAGAAAGAGGCAAUGGAAAUUACCCCAUCUUCCCUCUCUAGAGAUAAAGGAUACACAGUAAGCAAGAGGCAUUCGAGGGAGAAGCAGCACAACAGUGACUCAAGUUCUUCUGAGAGCAGGUGGCAUCCAACACGAUGGCAGGACAAGCGAUCCCACAGCGACGCAAGUUCUUCCGAGGACAACCGUCAUUCAAGGAGAUCAAGGGAGAAGCGACAUCGCAACAUGCCAGAUUUUCCUGACAGCAAUAGGCCUUCACAGAGAUCGAAUGAGAAGCGGGACUAUACCGACUUAAGCGCUCAUGAAAGUGAUAGACGUGCAAGGAGACCAAGGGAGAAAUCACGCUACUCUGAUCCAAGUACUUCAGAGUAUUCAGAUUCUGAUCGGCGCAAUAGUCACCGCCGCCGUAGAAGAAAGUGAGCAGCAGUGCUUGACAGUGUCUCUCCACAGGAGAUAUCAAUCAGCCUUGCCAUUCUUGUGAUUGCAUUAGAUAGAUAUGUGCCAAGUUCUGAAGAUCACCAAGGUCCACGGUGGGCAUUAUGUCAGCUGGGUUUAGCUGCUGCCUCUUGAUCAACCACCAGCUCUUUUGUGACACGACAAUAACGUGUACCAGUGUGAUCAAAUUUUGUCAGCUGAGGGAAGAAAUGGUGUGCCUUUUGUUGUAUAUCAUAUUACAAUGUUGUUGUAUUUUGUAGAUGUUUAGAUCUCAUUUGGAACUUGUUGUGUUAUUAUGGGAAACUCUUCUGAAAUUUCUGUUCUUGGGACAUGCCUCACCUUAUAUUUGACAAUCUCGCGGUACCGCUGACACAAAUAAAUUGGGCUAUGUUAGCUCUUCUAUUAAA